AUGAGCAAAGAGUUGAACGGCAUUGUGAAGGCCUGGGAAAUAACGGUUCGAAAAUCAGCUGGUGGAAAGAAAAGGGCAAACAGCAUCUUCACACCAAUGUCUGUGGCCCAUGUGGAUGAUGAUGAAUCAGGAGAGGUGUGCCAGGUUGAGAAGAUUCUCCCCAAUGGUGAUUUUUACACAGGACAAUGGCUUGAAAAGUCCCCACAUGGCCAAGGGAAAUAUCUGUGGACAGAUGGGUGCAUGUAUGUUGGUGAAUGGAAUAGAGGUAGCACCAUGGGGAAAGGGAGGUUUAGUUGGCCUAGUGGUGCUACCUAUGAAGGUGAAUUCAAGAAUGGUUAUAUGGAUGGUAAAGGGACUUACAUAGGUUCUUCUGGGGAUACCUAUAAAGGGUCUUGGGUUAUGAAUUUGAAACAUGGGAAUGGGACUGAGAGCUAUCCUAAUGGGGAUUUCUAUGAUGGGGAGUGGAGGAAAGGGUUGCAGAAUGGGCAUGGGAGGUAUCAAUGGAAGAAUGGGAACCAUUACAUUGGGCAGUGGAAGUAUGGUGUGUUUAGUGGAAAUGGGACAAUGAUGUGGAACAAUGGGAAUAGGUAUGAUGGGUGUUGGGAAGAGGGUUUGCCUAAAGGGAAUGGUACAUUUAGGUGGGUUGAUGGGAGCUUCUAUGUUGGGGUUUGGAGUAAAGAACCAAGGGAGCAGAGUGGGACUUAUUAUCCAUCUGAUUCUUCUAAUGUCAAUUUGGAAUGGGAUCCUCAGGAGGUGUUCACUGUGGAAUUGAAUAAUUGUAAGAUUUGUCCUUGUGAGAAGGUGUCAAUUUAUCCUUCACAGAAGACAUUGAACGUGCCUGGCUUAGAGGAUGAUAACUUGCAGAAGCAGCCAAUACAUAAGGGAACUGAUGGUAGUGGGAAACCUAGAUGGAUGUCAGCGGAUGGAAGGUUUAGUAAUUACAGUUCUGAAGAUGGUUCUUAUGCUUAUGAUGUAGGUAGGAAAUCUGGAUUUGAUGACUUGGGGGGCACUACUCCAAGUUGGCACAAAUUACAGCAUUUGAGAAUAAAGGCUCCCAAGAGACAAGGAGUGACCAUAUCUAAAGGGCAUAAGAACUAUGAGCUUAUGUUGAAUCUGCAGCUAGGCAUCAGACAUUCUGUUGGAAGACCUGCUCCAAGUGCAUCUCUUGAUUUGAAGGCUUCUGCAUUUGAUCCCAAAGAAAAAGUAUGGACUAAAUUCCCACCAGAAGGAUCCAAGCACACGCCACCUCACCCGUCUUGUGAAUUUAGAUGGAAAGACUACUGCCCAGUAGUAUUCAGGGCUCUCAGAAAAUUGUUCAAAGUUGAUCCAGCUGAUUACAUGAUAUCAAUAUGUGGGGAUGAUGCCCUUCGGGAGCUCUCUUCCCCCGGAAAGAGUGGAAGUUUUUUCUAUUUGACCAAUGAUGACCGGUACAUGAUAAAGACAAUGAAGAAAACAGAAGUAAAAGUUUUUCUGAAAAUGCUUCCUGCUUAUUAUAAACACGUUCGGGCUUUUGAGAACACUCUAGUAACCAAGUUCUUUGGCCUACAUUGUGUUAGACUAACAGGAUCUGCACAAAAGAAGGUUAGAUUUGUCAUCAUGGGAAAUCUAUUCUGUUCUCAAUAUGCCAUCCACAGGCGAUUUGACUUAAAAGGUUCAACCUUCGGUCGCACUACCGAUAAACCUGAGUCAGAAAUAGAGCCAACAACAACACUUAAGGACCUUGACCUAAAUUUUAUAUUCCGGUUGCAGAAGUCUUGGUUCAAAGAAUUCUGCAGGCAAGUGGAUAGGGACUGUGACUUUCUAGAACAGGAGAGGAUUAUGGAUUACAGUAUGUUGGUGGGUCUUCACUUUAGAGAAACAUCAUCUAGUGGCACUGUUACACCUUCUGGUCGCAGUUUAGGAACUUGCACCCCAACUGGUUUUGAUGAUGGAGGACCUCGUCUUUCUGGAGUGGAUGUAGAUCAUGUUAUUGCAGAUCCUAGUCGGUGGAUUCAGUUAGGUAUAAACAUGCCAGCACGAGCUGAAAUGACAGUGCGAAAAAGUAACUGUGACACUCCUCAGCUAGUUGGACAACCAAUUGGGGAGUUGUAUGAGAUUAUCAUCUUUUUUGGUAUCAUAGACAUAUUACAAGACUAUGAUAUUAGUAAGAAGCUUGAGCAUGCUUACAAAUCAAUUCAAUAUGAUGGAACUUCAAUCUCUGCUGUUGAUCCAAGGCUAUACUCAAAACGCUUUCGUGAUUUCAUCUUCAGAGUUUUUGUAGAGGACACAUAA